AUGUCACGGCCAGGCCAGGGCGUGAUGGUGCCGGUGCCCGGCCUGGGCUUCCCACCCCAGAACGUGGCCCGGGUGGUGGUGUGGGAGUGGCUGAAUGAGCACAGUCGCUGGCGGCCCUACACGGCUACCGUGUGCCACCACAUCGAGAGCGUGCUCAAGGAGGACUCCCGCGGCUCCGUGGUCCUGGGACAGGUGGACGCGCAGCUGGUGCCCUACAUCAUCGACCUGCAGUCCAUGCACCAGUUUCGCCAGGACACAGGCACCAUGCGUCCCGUGCGGCGUAACUUCUACGACCCGUCGUCGGCGCCGGGCAAGGGCAUCGUGUGGGAGUGGGAGAGCGACGGAGGCGCGUGGACGGCCUACGACAUGGACAUCUGCAUCACCAUCCAGAAUGCCUACGAGAAGCAGCACCCGUGGCUCGACCUCUCGUCGCUCGGCUUCUGCUACCUCAUCUACUUCAACAGCAUGUCCCAGAUGAACCGCCAGACGCGCCGGCGCCGCCGCCUGCGCCGCCGCCUGGACCUGGCCUACCCGCUCACGGUGGGCACCAUCCCCAAGUCGCAGUCGUGGCCCGUGGGCGCCAGCUCGGGCCAGCCCUGCUCCUGCCAGCAGUGCCUGCUGGUCAACAGCACGCGUGCAGCCUCCAACGCCAUCCUGGCCUCGCAGCGCCGCAAGGUGCCCCUGGCCGCCCCGCCGUCGGGAGGACCCCCGGGCACGCUCGCCGUGCGCCCCAGUGCCACCUUUGCGAGCGCCGCGCUCUGGGCUGCGCCCACCACCGGCCCCACGGAGCCCACACCGGCCUCGGGGGUGCCCCCGCGGAGCCCCAGCGCCCCCAGCAGCGCGCCCACCCCGGGACAGAACAACCUCAACCGGCCGGGACCCCAGCGCACGACCACCGUGAGCGCGCGCGCCUCCAUCCCGCCAGGGGUCCCCGCGCUACCAGUGAAGAACUUGAAUGGGACUGGGCCAGUCCACCCAGCACUGGCAGGGAUGACAGGGAUUCUGCUGUGUGCGGCUGGGCUGCCUGUGUGCCUGACACGGGCCCCCAAGCCCAUCCUGCACCCACCACCUGUGAGCAAGAGUGAUGUCAAGCCUGUACCCGGUGUACCCGGAGUGUGUCGCAAGACCAAGAAGAAGCACCUCAAAAAGAGUAAGAACCCGGAGGACGUGGUUCGAAGGUACAUGCAGAAAGUGAAGAACCCACCUGAUGAGGACUGCACCAUCUGCAUGGAGAGACUGGUCACAGCUUCAGGCUAUGAGGGUGUGCUGAGACACAAGGGCGUGCGGCCCGAACUGGUGGGCCGCCUGGGCCGCUGUGGCCACAUGUACCACCUGCUGUGCCUCGUGGCGAUGUAUUCCAAUGGCAACAAGGACGGCAGCCUGCAGUGCCCCACAUGCAAGGCUAUCUACGGGGAAAAGACAGGGACCCAGCCACCCGGGAAGAUGGAGUUCCACCUCAUCCCCCACUCGCUGCCUGGCUUCGCAGACACCCAGACCAUCCGGAUUGUCUACGACAUCCCCACAGGCAUCCAGGGACCCGAGCACCCCAACCCAGGCAAGAAGUUUACGGCAAGAGGUUUCCCGCGGCACUGUUACCUGCCCAACAAUGAGAAGGGCCGGAAGGUUCUGAGGUUGCUCAUCACCGCGUGGGAGCGGAGACUCAUCUUCACCAUCGGCACGUCCAACACGACCGGCGAGUCAGACACCGUGGUGUGGAACGAGAUCCACCACAAGACCGAGUUUGGGUCCAACCUCACGGGCCACGGCUACCCGGAUGCCAGCUAUCUAGACAACGUGCUGGCUGAGCUCACAGCCCAGGGCGUGUCUGAGGCUCCGGCCAAGGCCUGA